AUUAGUAUAUAUCUGUGAAAAUUAUUUAUUAUUUAUCAGUUUAUCACCAACCCUAAGACAAGAAACGCGGGCUCCAAACUCUAUAAAGUAUAUUAACUAUUAAGAUUUCAGAUUAGAUUUUCAGCUCAUAGAACGGCAUGUCGUCUGGAUUUAAAACUGUCGACUUCGAGGUGUUUGGUCGAGUGCAGAAAGUUUUCUUUCGCAAAUGCACCCAGGAACAAGGUAAAAAAUUGGGCUUACGAGGUUGGUGUAAAAACACGCCAGAAGGCACGGUGAUUGGCACUAUACAAGGACCAUCGGACAAAGUCGUCGAGAUGAUUACAUGGUUGCGAGAAGUUGGAAGUCCGGCCAGCCAUAUUGAUAAAUUGGAAUUGAAGAACGAAAACACCAUCAGUGAUUAUACGUACUCAGAUUUCGAUAUUAUUAGAAAAAAAUAAUAUAUGAUGUUCAGUAUUAUUUAUCAGUUUUGACAUUUGACAAUGUCAUUGCAUAAAAAAAAUAUAAAUGUUGAUUGAUGUUUGGAUAAUCAAUAUA